CGGUUGUGCUCGGAAUAGCUCGGGGUCAAGAUAUGACGCUUAUAUAACAGUAACUUAACAGAACAAUGCUAGUCGUGACAGUAAUGUUAAAGACCGUUACCUAAGCCUACUGUCAAUUUACAUUUUCCCGAUUAGGCUCUCCAAGUAGUAUAGUCAAUGUACUGAAUGUAGUUUAGUAUGUAGGAGAGCGGCUAGUGCAGAAAAAGGCAGUAAUUUUUCCCUAUAUUAAAGGACUAUUCUUACUAAAUUUCUUGCAUGUGCAAGUUUAUUGCAACUUAACAAUACCCAAGAUAAAUGGAUAUAAAAAAUGCUGAAGCUUAUGGUACACUGAGCUCACAUGAUCUUAACUCACUCUCCCAUCCAAAGGGGAAACAUGAGAGCAAACAGUGGGUGUCCUCAUUUAUAAAUGAACAUCUGCCUUCAGCAAGAUUAAAAAACAAUGAAAGUGACAUGAGCUCCAAGUAUGAAUACAUUGGAUCAAAGGGAGUGAAGAAGAAAUCAGUUCCAAGGCUAAAUGGGAAAAAAACUUUAUCAAAGAAGAAAAUGCUGUUUACACCUGAAAUAAUUACUGAUAUCAAAUUCAGUUCUUUCUUGCCUUUAAAUGAGUUAUGGAUAAAAUACAUGGAAGACUUAAUACAAUUCUCCAAAAUGACAUCUUCAAAUUUCCAAGCUUCUGCAGCUCAAAAAAUGAUGAAGGCGGAUCUGCAUGGUUGCCACCUUACUGUUAGGAAAUCAAAAUGCCCAAGUUUUAUAGGAGUGCAUGGGAUUGUUAUUAAAGAGACCAGAAACAUGUUUCAACUAAUUACACCUGAUAAUAAAAUUAAGAAUGUACCAAAAAUGAAUUCUAUUUUUUGUGUUGCAUUGCAUGGUCAGAAUUUUACAAUAUUUGGAAACCAGUUUACAGUAAAGCCAGGUGAAAGAGCCUCAAAAAAGUUUAAGUCAAAGCCAAGUAUUGAUUUAUGACACAUUAAAUAAUUAAAGCUUCAA